UAAUAAGACUGUUUACUGUUAAGGAAAUCGUUAUUUUCGUUUUUUAUAAUCAUUGUUUUAUGUAAAUGAAAUAUCUAUGAAUUAUAUUUAAUGCUAUUUAUAAGUCAACAAGAAGACUAGUGUUUUUAUUACAGGUCAUAAAGUUAUAUCUACUAUAUUUAUGAUUCAUCAAAUAAUAUAAAAUAACCUCGAUAUGAAAUUUGACAUUUGACGACAUAUUUAACGUCAAAAUAAUUAAUCAAUCACUUUUUACAGAAGAAAAGUUAUCAAAAUCAGUUUUAAUUAAUUCUUAAGUUUGACAUUAUUAAUUCAAGAUGAAGAAAAAAGUUUUGUUGAUGGGUAAAAGUGGUUCAGGAAAAACCAGUAUGCGUAGCAUAAUUUUUGCUAAUUAUAUUGCUCGUGAUACUCGUCGUUUGGGAGCAACAAUUGAUGUAGAACAUAGUCAUGUUCGAUUUCUUGGUAAUUUGGUAUUAAAUCUUUGGGAUUGUGGUGGUCAAGAAGCAUUUAUGGAAAAUUAUUUUGCAUCACAACGUGAUAAUAUAUUUAGAAAUGUAGAAGUUCUGAUCUAUGUUUUUGAUGUAGAAUCCAGAGAAUUAGAUAAAGAUAUGCAUUAUUAUCAAAGUUGCUUAGAAGCAAUAUUACAAAAUAGUCCAGAAGCAAAAAUAUUCUGUUUAGUACAUAAAAUGGAUUUAGUACAAGAGGAUCAAAGGGAUUUGAUAUUUAGAGAAAGAGAAGAAGAUUUGAAAAGACUUAGUUUGCCCCUUGAAUGUACUUGUUUUAGAACUAGUAUAUGGGAUGAAACAUUAUAUAGAGCAUGGUCUUCAAUCGUAUAUAUGUUAAUUCCAAACGUGAAAGAACUCGAACAAAGUUUGAAACAAUUUACAAAUAUUAUUGAUGCUGAUGAAGUACUUUUAUUUGAAAGAGCAACAUUUUUAGUGAUUAGCUAUUGUCAAAGACAACAUCAUAGAGAUGUACAUCGAUUUGAAAAAGUAUCUAAUAUAAUAAAACAAUUCAAAUUGAGUUGCAGUAAACUGGCAGCACAGUUUCAAAGUAUGGAAGUUAGAAAUACAAAUUUUGCGGCUUUUAUCGAUGUAUUUACAUCGAAUACAUAUGUAAUGGUUAUUAUGUCGGAUCCUGCUAUUCCAUCAGCAGCAACAUUAAUCAAUAUUCGUAAUGCCCGAAAACAUUUUGAGAAACUAGAACGUGCUAGUCAAAGUUCAGCAUUAAGUAGAUAGAAAUCAGCUCGACCCAGGCGCGUUGUCACCCGGGUCCAGGCUGUUAAUCAUUAUUGAAUCUAAGAGUCAUUUUAAAAGAGAAUCAUCAAAAUAAAGGUGAAAAAAAUAAGAAUUUUUUUUCUUUUUAUUAAUUAAAAUAAUUUUGUUAAUGAAUAAAUAAUUUCAACCAUUAUAAUAAAUAUUAUUCUUAAAGAAUGAUAUUCUUUGAUAAAAAAUAUUU